UUUUCAUCCGAAUCUAGCAUAAGCUUCUGUGGCAUGUCUUUUGUGUCUUUGCAUUAAUUUUAUGAUUAUGCUGUUUGAUGGUUCUUAAAUGCAAUUAUUGUGAGAUUAAACCUAUUAUAUCUAGGUUGUUUUAAUAGAAAUUAUAACUGACUGUUUUUUAUUGUCAUCAUACUGUAUAACUCAGUAUUGAUAUUGAUUUUGUAUUUUAGUAUAGGUGUCUAAGUAGGUUUGUAUCAGGUAAUUGUGAAGUCUUUCCAGGGCAAUGUUUUUUACCAACUUCACUGAAUUCUACCUGCAGGGAUUUCCAGGACUCCAAGCGCAGUAUUAUGGAGCUGUGGGAGCGUUUUUGUUUUUUGUCUACUUGACUCUGGCAGGAGGAAACAUCUUUAUAAUUUCAUUUAUUGCAUAUGAGAGAAGCCUCCAAAAACCUACAUAUUUAAUCUUCUGUAAUCUUGCAGUGUCUGAUCUUGUUUUUGGAACUGUAACAUUGCCUACUGCAUUUUCCAAAUACCUUUUCAAUGCCAACACUGUAUCGUUUUAUAGCUGCUUUGUGCAAAUGUUUUUUGUUCAUUAUUUAGGGAGUGUUAAUUCUUUUAUUUUGCUAUUAAUGGCCAUUGAUCGAUUUGUUGCUGUGCGCAACCCACUUAGAUAUGUUGUUCUUAUUACAAAUAAAAAUAUCCUAAUGGCAUGUGCAGUGAUUUGGACAGUGCUAAUAGCUUUCUUGGUAGUCAUUGUUUACCAAACCUUUGAUGAACCCUACUGUGCUUCUAAUGUAAUAACCCAAAAUUACUGUGACCAAAAUUCGGUAUCUAAACUAUCCUGUGGAGAUGUAAGGCAAAAAAGGUUUUUAACAUUUGUUAUUGCCAUGUUUGUUCUUUUAGGCCCUUUGACUUUUAUUUUAUUUUCAUUUAUUGCUAUCAUCACAGCAGUUUAUAAAAUUUCUGACAGUCAGGCUCGAUAUAAAACAUUCUCAACCUGCACUCCCCAACUUAUUAUUAUUUGCCUGUACUAUGUCCCCAGAUGUGUUGUCUAUGUGUAUGAUGUGACUGUCACGAUCUCUCCAGGUAUUCGGAUGCUGUUAAUUAUGUGCUACAGUCUGCUGCCCCCUAUUGUCAAUCCAAUGAUAUACUGCUUCAGAACUAAAGAAAUCAAAGAUGCAUUAAGGAGGAAAAUUAGACACAAAAAAAUCAGCAUGCAGAUGGCAUUGCUCUGGAGCGUAACCUAAAAUAUUUAAAUUGCUAUAAUACAGAGUGCAUUGUUUCCACUAUGUCCCGUUUAUGUCCAAUCCUUGUCAUUCUGCCUGUGAUUUGUAAUUCUGACUGUUAUGAUGUUAUCUCAUUUAAUCUGUUUAUUUCUUUGCUGGCAAAAAAUUAAGUGUGUUAUUUGUCAUUUUUUUUAUAUAUAAAUGAGUGCAUUGAGCGGUGUCAACUGAAUGAGCACAAAUCAUUUUUAAAAUCAUAUUGUUUCUUUGUAACUGAAUGUAAAAUAGUUUUAGAUGGAAUGUAU